GUCACGCUGAGCCCCCUCACCAAAACGCGAUUGGGUAGCGCCGCUGCGCAGCCCGUCUGCGGAGGGAGGGAGCCAGGGAGGCCGUCCUGCGCGGCUCGUCUACCGCUGCCGCGAAGGGACAUGUGACUGGGGAGCGGGCUGGGAGGAGAACGCGCUGGGGAAAGCGGCCUACUUCCUUCUCCCUCGCUGCCGCGCGAGGCCUUCAAGCCGGGGAUCUCGUACGCGCCACGGAGGCGCCGGAGGCCGGAGCCUUCAUGUUGAGGCCGCAGUAGCGGAGCUCCCGAUCAGCCUGCCUUGCUCGCUUGGAAGGUGCCGCCGCCGCCGCCGCCAGGUUGUAUUUCUUAAGCAGAAAUGAAGAAUAAAAAGCAAUGUGUAAAAAAUGCUGAAGAUGAAAAACACGAAGACACAGAAGCAGGUGAAGAGAAUGAAGAAAACUGUUCCUGUUCUUCUAGCAUUAUAUCCGAUGAAGGUGACAGGUGCCCUAUCUGUUUAAACUGUCUGGCAGAGCAGGAAGUUGGCUUUCCUGAAAACUGCAGUCACAUCUUCUGCAUGACCUGCAUCCUUAAAUGGGCUGAAACCAGGGCUUCCUGUCCAGUUGACCGCAAACAGUUCCAAGCUGUAUAUAAACUCAAUUCAUUGAAAGACUGUAUAAAGGUUCAGAUAAAGCAACAAGUAAGCAAAGCAGAUGACCUACUUAGCUAUAAUAAGAGCAAGCAUUGCCCUAUGAAUAUGAAAAACUGCAUAAGAAGACAGGAAAACACAGGCAGGAGACCUUUAAGGGCAAUCUUCUGUAAAAGCUGGAACCAAAAACACAAUUCUUCAAAUGUGGAAGAUAAAAAUUCUGUUUCCCUGAAGAAAAACAAGCCCAGAAGACAGACCUGCUCAAACAGAUUUUUCAGAAGUAAUAUAUAUGAUAGAUUUUCUUCAAGUAGCAGUUUCACUGGAGAAUCGCCUAGUUAUCGAAAUUACUGUAUAGAGACUGACAAAAUCGAUAUACUUAUUGAGCACAAGAGAAGAGAAUUGGAGCUGUCAUGUUCUGUACUAGCAAGAGCAGCAAGACUCCCUUCCAUGUGCUGUGAAACACAAACUGAAACCUUUCUUCUGGUUCCCACUAUUGCGGGAACUCAAUUAUCAAUAAGUACUACGCCUUUGGAAAACUUUGGAUCUUUAAAAAGGGGACAUGUUGUUACAUAUGUCCAGGAAGGAGAGGAGAAAAAGCAAACUUCUGGUACAACUGGCACAAGAGGAACGAGGAGGAAGAUUGCAGAUACUACUCCUAGAAGAAGAUCUGCGCGGAAUGCUAAAACAGAAACUUCAAGUCAGUCUCAGAAUUCACCAAAAUCGAGCAGUUCUGGAUGUGAGGCCAGUGGUGAUGGUAGCUCAUUUGUAAAUGCUUCUUGUGCAGAGUCUGAGAAACUACCUCCAAAAAGAAAAGCUAAACGAGGAGUUAAACAGCAGGAGCCUUUAGUUAAGAAAAAACUCAGAAGUUCUGGACGUUAUGGAAAAAUGUCUAGUGAACUAGUAGAAGAAGAUGUAUCAGAUGAAACAGACACAACUCUACUGCUAGAGAAAAACAAUUUAUCAAACACUGAAAACAGCACCUCUGACUCUAGUCACAAAAGUGAUGUAGAUACGCAGUCUGCAAAUGGUUUGCAAAGCUCAAAGGAUUGUGUGGAAUAUAAGGAGCCUAUAGGAGAUUCUGGUGAAGGACAGGAUACUUUGGAUAUUUUGGACACUGGUUUCUGUAUUCAAGAACCUUUGGUUACUCCAGAAGAAGAAACUGAGAAAUGUGAAGUAAAAGAUAACACCGAGUUCGAAAAUAAGAUGUGUUCUGAAAAUGCUGUUGAACAAGUAGACAAACCUAUAAGUGUUUCUAGAGAAGAAUUAUGUGAUGAUGUAAUGCCAACCCAUCAGCCUCAGGAAUUAGAUAGCACUAGGGAUGAUAGGCCUUUGGAUAGUCCUGGAGAUGAAGUGCUGGAAAAACCUGAAUAUAUGGCAGUAGCAGAUGAGAUACUGGCUAGUCCUGGAAAUGAAUUGCUGGCAGAAGCAGAAUCUGUUGGAGUAGUAGAGAAGCCAUUGUCUGAUUCUGGAAAUGAAUUCCUGGGAGAACUGGAAUCUGUGGCAAUAGCAGCUGAGCCUUUGUCCGAUUCCGAAAAUGAAUUGUUGAGGGGACCAGAAUCUGUGGCAACAGUAAAUGUGGUUUUGGAGAGGCCUGUGAAUGAAAUGCCAGAGGGGCUAUUAAGUGACCAUUCCUCUGAGAAUGAACUGCCAGAACAAAUUGAAUUUGUAAGAGUAGCAGAUGAGUCAAUACAUAGUCCCAGAAGCAAAUUACAGGGCAUUUCAGUAUCAAUGGAAAUGGAAGAUGAUAAAGCUGAAGAAAAUGAAGCAAAUAUACACGCCGAUGAUGAAAAUCUGAACUGUACUGAUGUUUCCUCAGAUAAUAAAUUGUAUCAAUCUUUAGAAGAGACCAGAGAUGAGUCCCAAUCUAGCUUGUCACCUAAAACACCUGAGAUAGAAGAGGUUAAACAUUUUAGUGAAGACAACAACGAGAUAGUUGCAAUGGAAUGUGACUCAUUUAGCAGUGACCAGAAUGAAUCUCGGAUAGACCAGCCACUACUGGGUGGCAGUGAAGAACAAGAUGCAGAUUCCUUACUACAUGAUACUGAACAUGCUAUAUCCUUUCCAAGUUCGGUUGACAAGAAAGAAGAAAUAGAAUGCUCUGCAGAACUUAAAAAAGAUAAAAAGACUCGAACUAGAAGAUCAAGAUUUCAUUCUCCAUCCACAACUUGGUCUCCAUCCAGAAGAGAAGGAAAAAGAUCUGAAUCUCCAUCUCCCAAGAGGGAGAUUGUGACAGAAGGCAGGAUGUCUCGGUCUCCCAAAAGAGAUACUUCCAAAGAAGAGCAGAAAUCUUUGUCCCAGUCUCCAAAAAGAGAUCCUCGAAGAGGCAGGCGAUCUCCAUCCCGUUCUCCAAAAAGGGAUCUGCUGAGAGAAGGGCAAAGAGCGCUAUCUCAGUCUCCAAAGCGGGAUCCUCUAAGAGAAGGGACGAAAUCUCCAUCCUGUUCUCCAAAAAGGGAUCCUCUAAGAGAAGGAAGAAGGUCUUCUCGGACACGUACUAAAGAAUCCUCUCCAAAACACAGAUGUAGAUCUCAAAGUAGGGAUAGAGAAAGUGAUAAAGAUGGGCUAAGAAGAGAUCAUGACAGAGGGAGAAGUAGGAGGAGAUGGUCACAAUCACGGUCAAGGUCUAGAUCUAGGUCGAGAUCCAGGCCAAGAAGCAAGGGUCCUUCAUUUCCUAGAAAUGAGAGGGAUGACUACUCACCACCGAGGUGGAAAGAACGGUGGACAAAUGACAGCUGGAGAAGCCCCAGAGGAAAUGAUAGAUAUAAAAGAAAUGAACAGGAUAAACAGAAUGAGAGUAUGAAAAGAGAGAGGGACAGUGCAAACAAAGACGCUGACAAACAAUGUUCUUCUGAUCAGUAUAGAAAAGAUUAUCCAGACUGGAUAAUGGAAAGAAUAAAUUCUGUCCCAGAAACAAGGAACAGGGAGAGGGAAAAAAAUAAAAAUCAACAAUGGGAAGAAAGUAGGCCAAAUAAUUCAGGGCCUCCUUGGAAUAGAAACUUUGGAUCCAGUUGGAAUUCAAGCAGCAGAGGUGGCCGUGGCAGAGGUGGCCGUGGCAGAGGUGGCUUUAACUAUGGAGACCAGAGUGAAAGUCGCUGGCAACCUAGGAAACCCCACUCAGGGAAUGCAAAUAGUUCUGGGAAUGAAAGUUCGCGAUAUCCUGAGCAUCAGCCAUACAAACGUAAGGCAGAACAAGACUACUCUUUUGAUACACCUGCGGAUAGGUCUGGGUGGACAUCUGCAUCUAGCUGGGCUGUAAGAAAGACUUUACCAGCAGAUGUACAGAAUUACUAUUCAAGGAGAGGCAGGAACUCUUCAAGUCCUCAGUCUGCGUGGACAAGGCAAGAAGAAGCAGUCCCUGAACAAGAUCCAAACUUCAAAGACCAAACUAACCAACAAGGUGAUAGUUCUCAGCUAUCAAUAAACUUGCUGCAGCCACAGAUGAAUGUUAUCACACCAGUAAAUACGCAACCUCAACCAAUGAAUAUUUUCCCAUAUCCAAUGGGUGUUCCUGCUCCUAUGAACAUUCAACACAAUCCAUUUAACCUUCCUCUGCCGGUGCCCAUGCAUCUUCAUACAGGAGUGCCUCUUGUCCAGGUAGCAGCUCCAGCCAAUGUGUCUCAGGGACCACCUCCACCACCACCACCUCCACCACCAUCCCAACAGGUUAAUUAUGUUGCUUCCCAGUUGGAUGGAAAGCAGCUGCAGGCUAUUCCUAGCACUUCCCAUGUUGUCAACAACAUGAGUACACCACUCCUGCCUGCUCCAACGGCAGGUCUGGGAAGCAUGGAAGCGGUUCAGGGACCAAGUUCUGGUAAUACAACAUCGUCAAGUAACAUCAAAUCCUCUAAUGCUGCUGUAAAAUUGGCUGAAAGCAAAGUAAGUGUUACGGUGGAAGCCAGCGCAGAUAGCUCGAAGAAAGACCAGAAACUGCUAAUUCAGGAAAAAGCUGCACAAGAAGUGAAACUGGCUAUUAAACCUUUCUACCAGAAUAAAGACAUUUCUAAAGAAGAAUAUAAAGAGAUUGUGAGAAAAGCAGUCGAUAAAGUUUGUCAUAGCAAGAGUGGGGAAGUGAAUUCUGCAAAAGUGGCAAAUUUGGUUAAAGCAUAUGUGGACAAAUACAAACAUUCACGGAAGAAAAAUCCAGAAGACGUAGUUCCUGUGGAAAGGAAAUAAGCAUAGACUGACUAUUGCCAUCAAGCUGUCUGCAAAGUGCAAUUUUGACAUGGACUAUUAACUAAAAAUAGUGGUUGAAAUCUGAUUUUGAUAAAAUUAUUUUUCAAUAUAGUGUAUAAUGUUUUGUUAUAAAUAAAUAUAGAUUAAUGCUGCAACUUCUUUAUCCUUUAGCAAAAGGAUAUGUAAAGAGAAAUUAAAAGGAGUAAAGGAGAGUGCCCCUCUUAGUACUAUACAAUUGUGUGAAUGCCACAUGUACAGCAUUUUGGUUCAGACAGUAGUGCAUAGACACAGAUGUUUGUCAUACCGUGAUUUGGACUGAGCUAUGUAUGUUGUAUGUAAAUCAGUCAGGGAAGAGAUUCAAAAUGAAUUUUUCUUCAGUCCUGCUGCCACUGUGCACCCCCAUCUCGAUUCUAAUAAAAUAAAGUGUUUUGCUCAAUUUACAGGCUCAAAAUGUGUGUUUUGAAAAGCACACUGCCGGACUAGAACAACUCCUCAAAUAAAUAAUAAUCCUACAAAAUUAAAUUUUGUUGCCCUAAAUCAUGGGCAUAGAUUUCCUAUUGUAACACCAAAUAAAGGCUAUGCUGCUUGUUA